GUGACAAAGCUCUGGAUCUGUUAGAGGGCUGCUGGUGCUGAUGCAGGAUGGCAGAUCUUGCAGAGAGGGGCUGGCAUUGAUAGGGGUGGGAGAAACUGAAUCACUUUGGGUGAUAAAAGGUACACAGGACACAUCGUACACCAGGGACAGAGCUCUGCCAUCAUCCAAUACAUGGGGCUAAGGGUCUCAGCCCCUGGGAGGAGAUGAGAUGAUUUGCUAAAGGUGGAAAUUUGUUUGUUCCCUGUGUUGGAUUGAUAUUUAUGCAUCAGAUUGGAAGACAGACAUUGCUGUUGAGUUGACCCCACAUGUAACAUGGCAGACCCAGCAGAAUGCAGCAUCAAAGUGAUGUGCAGGUUCAGACCAUUAAAUCAGGCAGAAAUUCACAGAGGAGACAAGUUCAUCCCUGUCUUCAAAGGAGAUGACACAACAGUGAUUGGGCAAUCUAAACCUUAUGUGUUCGAUAAAGUGUUUGCCCCUAACACGUCCCAGGAAAAAGUUUACAACGCCUGUGCAAAGCAAAUAGUCAAAGAUGUCUUGGACGGUUACAAUGGAACCAUCUUUGCGUAUGGACAGACAUCUUCAGGGAAAACACACACGAUGGAGGGUAAACUUCACGACCAUCAGCUGAUGGGAAUUAUCCCUCGAAUUGCACAUGACAUCUUCGAUCACAUUUAUUCGAUGGACGAAAACCUAGAGUUUCACAUUAAGGUUUCAUACUUUGAAAUUUAUUUGGACAAAAUCAGAGAUUUGCUGGAUGUGUCUAAAACUAACCUUGCCGUGCACGAAGACAAGAAUAGAGUCCCGUAUGUUAAGGGUUGCACAGAAAGAUUUGUAUCCAGCCCCGAAGAAGUUAUGGAUGUCAUCGACGAAGGAAAAGCAAACCGGCAUGUAGCUGUUACAAAUAUGAAUGAACACAGCUCGAGAAGUCACAGUAUUUUCUUAAUAAAUAUAAAGCAAGAGAAUGUAGAAACGGAGAAGAAACUGAGUGGAAAGCUGUAUCUUGUUGAUUUAGCCGGCAGUGAAAAGGUCAGCAAGACUGGGGCAGAAGGGGCUGUCUUGGAUGAAGCAAAAAACAUCAAUAAGUCUUUAUCUGCUUUGGGCAAUGUAAUCUCUGCUCUCGCUGAAGGAACUAAAACACAUGUCCCAUACAGAGACAGUAAAAUGACACGAAUACUACAGGAUUCUCUCGGUGGAAACUGUAGAACCACCAUUAUAAUCUGCUGCUCUCCUUCUGUCUUCAAUGAAGCUGAAACAAAGUCUACUCUAAUGUUUGGACAGAGGGCAAAGACCAUUAAGAACACGGUGUCUGUCAAUCUGGAGCUGACGGCAGAGGAAUGGAAAAAGAAAUAUGAAAAAGAGAAAGAUAAAACUAAAUCUCUUAAGAACAUCAUACAACAUCUUGAGAUGGAGCUGAACAGGUGGAGAGGGGGUGAAGCUGUCCCAGUGGACGAACAAAUGAGCGCAAAAGAUCAAAAAACAUUGGAGCCAUGUGACAAUACACCGAUCAUCGAUAAUCUCUCUCCGGCCAUCGCCAGCAUCUCAUCAGAGGAAAAGAAGAAGUAUGACCAUGACAUAGCCCGUCUCUACCGUCAACUGGACGAUAAGGAUGAUGAAAUCAAUCAACAGAGUCAACUUGCCGAAACACUGAAACAACAAAUGUUGGACCAAGACGAGCUUUUGGCUUCAACACGCAGAGAUUAUGAAAAGAUCCAAGAGGAGCUGACUCGACUACAGAUUGAGAAUGAUGCAGCCAAGGAUGAGGUGAAGGAAGUUCUUCAAGCCUUGGAGGAACUAGCCGUUAAUUACGACCAGAAGUCUCAGGAAGUGGAAGACAAGACUAAAGCCAAUGAACAGCUCUGUGAUGAACUGGCGCAGAAAACGACCAGCUUAAUUUCAACCCAACGUGAAUUGCAUCAGCUGCAGGAACUCGGUAAUCAUCAGAAGAAAAGGGCAACAGAGAUCCUAAACUUACUAUUGAAAGAUCUCGGAGAGAUUGGCGGGAUUAUUGGAACCAACGAUGUGAAAACGCUAGCGGAUGUGAAUGGAGUGAUUGAAGAAGAAUUUACAAUGGCCCGUCUGUACAUUAGUAAAAUGAAGUCUGAAGUCAAGUCACUAGUAAAUCGGAGCAAACAGCUGGAGACUGCACAGAUCGAGGCAAACCGGAAAAUCAAUGCCAGCGAGCGUGAACUUGCCGCGUGCCAACUGCUUGGCUCACAGCACGAAGCAAAGAUCAAAUCCCUUACAGAUUACAUGCAGAACAUGGAGCAUCGAAGGAGACAAUUGGAAGAGGCGCAAGAUGCUCUCAAUGAAGAGCUGGCAAAACUCCACGCACAAGAAAAAAUGCAUGAAGUCUCCUUUAAGGAUAAAGAAAAAGAACAUUUGACCAGACUUCAAGAUGCUGAAGAAAUGAAGGAAACCCUAGAGCAGCAAAUGGAAAGUCACAGGGAAGCUCACCAGAAACAACUCUCACGCCUGCGGGAUGAAAUCGAGGAGAAGCAGAAAAUGAUCGAUGAUCUUAAAGAUCUUAACCAGAAGAUGCAGCUGCAGAAGGACAAACUGACCUUGGAUUAUGAGAAACUCCAAGCCGAGGACCAACAGAGAGAGAUGGAACUGCAGAAUCUUGUGUUACUUAAUGAGAAAAGAGAACAAUCCCGUGAAGACCUUAAAGGCCUGGAAGAAACCGUGGCCAGAGAACUUCAAACCUUGCAUAACUUGCGUAGGCUUUUUGUUCAGGAUCUCACAAUGAGAGUCAAAAAGAGCGUUGAACUGGACAGCGAUGAUGGCGGGGGAAGUGCAGCUCAGAAACAAAAAAUCUCAUUUCUUGAAAACAACCUUGAACAGCUCACCAAAGUUCAUAAGCAGCUUGUACGUGAUAAUGCAGAUCUGCGAUGUGAGCUUCCAAAAUUGGAGAAACGUCUUCGAGCUACAGCUGAGAGAGUCAAGGCUUUGGAAUUUGCACUCAAGGAAGCCAAAGAGAGUGCCAUGCGUGAUCGCAAGAGGUACCAGCAGGAGGUAGAUCGCAUCAAGGAGGCUGUGAGAGCCAAGAAUAUGGCAAGAAGGGCCCACUCUGCCCAAAUUGCCAAGCCAAUCCGCCCUGGCCAUUAUCAAGUAUCGUCUCCUACAGCAGCUCACUCGGUGCGCGGAGGUGGUGACGGCUCUGUACAUUCUUCCUAUUACCAUCGCAAUAAAUAAACAAAGAUCACUGCGGCGCAUGUUACUCCACCGAUGUUAAUUCCACUCGAGCCAUUCUUACACGUGUAGUUUCCACCUCGUCCUUCUGCGCUCUCAGCAAUCAUCCAUCUCAGAUCGGAGUGGUUUACUGAUCACCCAUCUAUGUACAUAUGCCUGUUUAUCGCAUAUGUAAUGUAUCGCACAUAUCCAUCAAGGCAGAGGACUAAACCUCUCAGUACAGCUCUAGAACACGUAUUUCCUGGUACUGUAGAGGGUUCUGCUGUUUGGUAGACAUUGUUGCAGUUUGAUGCCUUUAAGGGUCUUAUUGAAAAUUCAUCAGGGCAAUGUCUUCUCAUUUUUUUCAGCACCCAUUGCUUUGCUAGAUUUUACCCUCCCUCUAGUAAAGAUUAACAAAUUCAAAGGUGUUCUAGACUGGAGUCUUGCGCCAAUCACCGAUAUCUUGUAUAAUAUCAUGUUAUUUUGUAUAUUUAUUAAACAAAACACAACAGUGUGCUGCUAUACUACAUGACUUCAUUAACAUAAAUAAAUAAUAAAAAGUAAGCUAAACACAUAUAAAUAAAUAAAUAAUAUCCUGGUACCAACAUUACACGGUGAUUUAGGCUCAAAAAUGUAGAAAAUGAAAGCCAUUCUGUUGACCUUGAAACACAAGGGUCCGCUGGAAGUUAGAGGGUUAUUUUAAAGAAAUUUGUUACAUUCUAAAAUAUUUGGAUAUUUUGAAAAUGUUCUUCAUGAAUUCAGAAGUCGGGCUGUAAUUUUUUUUUUCUUCUUUUUUUUAAUGUAUAGCAUUUGAGAAUAAAUACUAUUUAUACUAUUUGCUGGUCGUGAGAUAAACCGCAGACAAAAUGUGUAUAGGUGUUUAUAUCCUGCUGUUUUGCUCGCAGCAAAGGUAUAAUAGAAGUCUCUGCAAUGCGAUUGGCUGCUACACGGGUAUGUGACAUUCUUCCCAUCGAUGGGAGUCUGAACUCCCGCAACGAGAGCAGUUGGCUCUGUUUCAUAAUGCUUUUGUGUUAGGCUAAGCACAUGACAAAGAGAAAUGAAUGUAUAGAACUAGCCUUCCCUUCUAUACCUGCCAAAAUGGCAGCUCCCGGGGUCAAAUUGUCGUGCUUCAUUACAUUUACGAAAAUAUGACUUGUAUGCCUUUUUACAAACCCUUAUGUGCCAGUUUAAAGUUUCUUUCACAAGAAGAAACUGCCAGUGUGUGGUCCAGGGACGGGUAAUUUAUAGUCCUCCGACUGUUCAUCUCCCACCACUCUCAGACUGGCUGAAGGUCACCCUAGUAGGGUCUUGCGGCCGGAACGCUAUAUGCUUGCUCUUUGCUAGUGUAGGCUGUAAGAAAUAGAGUAUGUAUUUCUUUAUUACAGAACAUGUUUACUUUUUUGACAAUAGAAAAAUGGAAACUAUUUAUAAGGACAUAAACUAGGAGCAAGAGCCACAGGCUGAUGUAAGAUUUUAUUUAUUUUUCUUCAUCUUUUCUCCUUUAUUUGUAUCUAAAUUUCUAAUUGUGUUUUCUCCCUGGACUGAUUCAUUUUGUAUUCACAUUGAGUCUAUUUAUUAAUUUCGGGAAAUAUUGUGACUCGAUUGUAUUUAUUACGGUAUGUAUCGAGUAUUUUCUUUACUAUGUAACUGUGGCUCUGGAGCAUCCAGAAUAACUGUACGUUUCAUAUGUGGAAUUUGAGGAAUAAAUUGCUUCCACCACAUGGACAUAUAUGAUCUCCUGGCUUCUCAGAGAGGUGACCAAUUCUUGUCACCUCUUUGGAACGCAAAGAAGCAGGCAUAUCAUUAAGGAACCGCAGAAAGCAAGAGAGCUGAUAACUGGGAGUUAUUUAAGGCAUGAUUAAGACAAUAAAUUCCACAGAUAAUAAAAAUCGCCUUCCCUUAACUUCUUUAAGUACUGUAGAGGCCCCCUUUUGUGAUGUUGAGCCUCCACUUUUUCCUUUGGGUUGGAUGGACAAUAAAUCAGGAGAUGCUCCAGUAUCAGAAUGCAAUGGUGUUUUAAAAUUCUGUUCCUUGCUGUAUACUUCUAAAUCAUUUUAAACUUGCAAAAUGUUUCAGGUCUGUUUUAUGGUAUAUCUUCAGGAAUUCUAACUGUUAAGUCAACUCGCAACAGAUAACAAACUGAAUAAUUUGGGCUUAAAAACUGCCAUGCCUAAAACUGUUGUGAAACUACUGGAAUGCAAUUAUAAUAUAGACAGUGCAACAAAAAAAAGUUAUCUUAAGAUAUAAAAUUGUGUCUCCAUAAGAGGAGAAUAUGUUUAUAUAUAAUUGGCCUCUUUCAUUUUAGGAGUGUCUACGCAGGUUUUGGAUUGGACUAUGAAAUCUAAGGUUUUAGAAUAAGGUGACUUGGACAACCCAAAGACCAAACUAGUAUCUGAUCAGCCAGUCAGACUUUCUAGUAUAUAGUGGGCUAUCGAAGAUCACUUUGUCAAACUUUAUUUCAUUCUGACAUUAUUUUGUGCAGUAAAAAAAAAUUAUUGUUAUUAAAUUAAUUUAAAAAAAAAAUAGCUUAAAAAUAGAUUUUGAAAAAGGUUUUAAGUACAUUCAUCCCUACAAAUAAAAGUAGAUUUAAAUUGAAUUAAAUAAAUAAAAAUCUGCCUGAAUUUUUGUUCUGUGAAUUGACCUACGCUGGUUCCAUUGCUCAGAGUUAAAGCAUAAUGUUGGACAGGUUUGUACGAAUCAGGCUAACGUAAGACUCCUACAUUAUCUUAGCAGCACCUGAGGGGCUACAGGCUUUUGAAAUUGCUUUUACAGUUUGACAGAAAGGGGGGGGGGGGGGCGGAAUUAAGAGAUUUCUUGCACCAUAACUCUUACAAUAUGUUGUAGUGGAUAUGGAGGUCGGUCAUUUUGACUUCAGAAUGCUGUGCAUGAGGUUAACACCAUUGUAUAUAAACACACAGGGCCUUUACAUUGUGAACUUACAAGUGUCUUUAUAACCAUAAAUAAUUAUAUUGUUUUGUUU